AUGGAAGCAUUGCCCCCCAACGCGAACCCGAACCAGCUUGCGAGCCGUGGCGCAACGACCAUUCUCGCCACGGCCGCAAGCUACCCUCCCUACUCGAAUCCCGCGCUGGCAGCCAACCUCGUGUGCAGAACCGUCCUGGCCCUGCUAGCCAACCUGGUCUGCCUGGUGCCUCUCCGGCAGCUGUAUCGAAACGGCGAGUUCGCGGCCGUCGUCUUCAUCCUCAACGUCGAGCUUAAGAAUCUCGAGACGGUGGUCAACUCGCUGCUGUGGAGGGACGACGACACCGCCUCCUGGUGGCCCGGCUACGGCUGGUGCGAUGCUGACGCCUAUCUUCACAACCUCAGCAUCGGCCUGUUUGUCACAUGCCUGCUGGCCAUUGUGCGCAACCUGGCCCAGCGGGUCGGCUUGAUGCAAGCGACCGCCCUCACGGCCCGGCAGAAGCGCCGCCGCAACGUGAUUCAGGCCCUCAUCAUCUUUCCCCUUCCCAUCAUCCAGCUUGCCUUGACGUGGCCCAUCACGGCCCAGCGCUACCUGGUGGCCACCUUGAUCGGCUGCAACUGGAUCCCCCAUCCCUCCUGGCCCUACCUGGUCUUCUUUGUGCUUCCGCCGCCGAUAUUCGCCAUCCUCACCGCAGGUUAUGCAAUUUUGAUUUACAAGCGAUUCCGAACCGUCAGCAAAACGACUCAAGUUGCUCUCAAUAGCAACCGCGCCGCCCUGCACAGGAGCCAACGAACAAAGAGACGGCUGUACCUCAUGGUCGUCUCCAUCUUGAUCCCGUUUCUCCCCGUCGUCAUCACGCUGUCCGUCCUCAACAUCCUGGAAAUGCAUGCCGUAAGGCCAUUCAGCUACGACCAGGUCCACAAUCACGCCUCCCCGUUUCCGUGGAACACGAUCCUGUUUGUCCCCUCGGGCCAGAUCAGAUGGGCCUACUUGAACAACUGCUACAUACCCAUCGCCACGGCCAUCCCCAUAUUCGUCUUCUUCGGCCUGACCAAGGACGCCGUCAACAACUACAGGCAGCUGUCCCUCUGCCUGGGGCUCGGCCGGCUUUUCCCCAGCCUCCUCCAAGAAUACGACCCGGACAAGGGAUUCUCAUCUGGGGCGAGCACCCUAGGCUCCGCGCAGCUGCGGACCCAGCACCCCUUCAAAGUCCGAGUCAAGCACGAAAUCUCACCCACCGAGUGA